UUGCAUUCUUGGUUGAUCAAUUUGUACAAAGAAUUAAGUUAUCGGUAUAACACACAAUGCCGAAGAAGAUGAUGAUGUUUUUAGGCUUAGGCGCCUUCAUCUUGGGAGCAAUUCUUUUUCUUAUAUACCUAUUCUGGAGGUUGUUUUAUAGGGCCAAAAGAGGAGUAACAUGUGCAGAGCCAAGGCCUGACGCACUACCAGGACCUAAAUUUAACUCAGUAGAAGAGUUCGACAUAAAGGGCAAAACAUCGUCUAGCGAUUCAUAUUAAGGAAUGCGUAAGAAACAAUUAGUUUGAUUUAUACCAAAUUUGUUUCUUUAUUUUCCCUCACUGUCCUUAUCUUUGUAGUAACUUGCUACGCCUAUACUCCUCUCGGUUAUGUGUGGGUAUGAAUAAGAUAUCCAUAAAUUUCAGAAUAUCAUCAGCAUCUAUAUUAA